AUGAGCGGACACAUUCGUGGCAAAAAUGGUUCGUCAGAUUUAUCAGAUUGGGAUAGGAGCUGUUCACCAUGUCAUACUAGUAGACGAAGCAGUGCUGCUGCUUUGCUAGCCGGUGGUUACGUAGUUAUUCACGAAUAUGCACCGACCAAUGGCGCACCACCAUUGAUCCUCGGUGAAAGGGUGCAUGUCGUUGACAACGGCGAUCCUGAUUGGCUGCAUGGAUUCCGAGAGCAUGAUAGAACCGAUCAACUGAUAAUUUACAGGACUGAGCAACUGAUAACUUUCCCUGCCACAUGCGUUGCACUAGUACAACCCGGAGAACAGGCGAUGAAAAUUUUACAAAAUGUUGCAGUGCCAGAGAUUAAAUUGCGACUUUAUCGAGAUCAGGUUGUCUUCGCUCAACCUGACACUCUAAGUGAUGGAAAAGUGACGGUUCGAACUGCACACAACGCUUUCGCUCCAUGUCCGCUGACC